AACCAAUACAAUCUGUGCUUUUCCCUCAAAGCUGCAGUCUGCUUGGAAGAGUCAGAAAGAGGACAUUACCUUGAGACAAACUUUACUCACACACACUUCAAAGAGACCAGGGGAGGAGAAUUUUGGAUGAUAUAAAAUAGAUAUAACGUGAAUGUUAGGUGAAUGUUAGGAUUACAUCUUUCUAACUGAGCUGGGAUUGCGCUGCAUCAUUUCAUCACCUGAGGAUGGACAAAUCAAAAGACUCCAGGGUGGAGGAGCGACCCAAAUGGGACAACAAGAUUCAGUACCUACUAACAUGCAUUGGCUUUGCAGUUGGAGUUGGAAAUGUGUGGCGGUUUCCAUACCUAUGCCAGAUCUAUGGAGGGGGUGCAUUCCUCAUCCCCUACCUGAUAGCGCUGGUGUUUGAGGGACUCCCCCUGCUGUACCUGGAGCUGGCGAUAGGGCAGAGGCUCCGCAAGGGCAGCAUCGGUGUCUGGAACUCCAUCUCUCCAUUUCUGGGUGGAGUCGGUAUCGCCUCCAUGUGUGUGUCCUUCCUUGUGUCCAUCUUUUACAACACACUCCUGGCCUGGGUGCUCUGGUACUUCUUUCACUCGUUCCAAGACCCCUUGCCGUGGAGUUACUGUCCACUCAAUGAUAACCUGACAAGCUACAAUGUCGAGUGUGAGAAGAGCACUUCGGUGAAUUACUUCUGGUACCGCGAGACCCUGAACAUCACACCUAACAUCGAGACCAGCGGCUCCCUGCAGUGGAGGAUGGUCGUCUGCCUGGCCACCGCCUGGCUCAUAGUCUUCAUCUGCUUCAUCAAAGGCAUCGAAUCCAUGGGAAAGGCUGUUUAUGUGACAGCCACAUUCCCAUAUCUGGUUCUGACUAUCUUCCUGGUCCGAGCCAUCACUCUGCCUGGAGCUACGGAUGGUUUGGUGUACCUUUUCACUCCGGAUUGGGAGAUCCUGAAGAACCCACAGGUCUGGCUGGAUGCUGCAACUCAGAUCUUCUUCUCUCUUUCUGUGGCAUUUGGAGGUCUUAUAGCAUUCUCCAGCUAUAACGAAGAGAGAAAUGACUGCGAGAGGGAUACCCUUGUUGUGGGAAUAGUAAACAGUGCCACAUCUCUUUUUGCAUCCAUUCCCAUUUUCUCCAUAUUGGGAUUUAAAGCCAACGCCGGCUUUGACUCUUGUCGAGAAGAGAACAUCCUGACUCUGACAAACCACUUUGAGAUUUCCGACCAGAACAUCACGUUGGAGAACUAUGAUCAUUGGGUUGAUUAUCUAAAUGGGUCAUAUCCAGAAAAAGUCUCAAGUUUGCAGCUGAGGGAGUGUGACCUCCAAACAUUCCUUGACCAGAGUGCGUCAGGCACUGGCCUGGCUUUUAUCGUGUUCACGGAAGCAGUGACAGAGAUGCCAGGCUCUCAGGUAUGGGCCGUACUGUUCUUUGUCAUGCUCCUCAGCUUGGGUCUCUCGUCCAUGUUCGGCAACUUAGAGGGUGUCCUCGCACCCAUUAAUGAACUCAACCUGGUGCCCAAGUGGAUCCCCAAAGAAGUUGCGACAGCGAUCAUCUGCUUGAUAUCCUUCUCGAUCGCGCUCAUCUUCACCCUGGGCUCUGGCAACUACUGGGUGGAAGUCUUUAACAGCUACGUGGGCUCCGUGCCUCUGCUCCUCGUUGCUUUCUUUGAAAUUAUUGGAGUAAUCUACAUCCAUGGCAUGAAAAAUUUCAGUGAAGACAUCUAUUUCAUGACUGGGAGGAGGCCCAACCUCUUCUGGAAGGCGUGCUGGAUGGUCAUUAGCCCAGUAAUGCUCCUAGUGGUGUUUGUUGCCUACGUGGCCACCCAGACUCAGGGACACCCCACAUAUCACGCAUGGAACCCAGCUUAUGAACUGUUUCCUCAGACUGACAUGGAGCCUUACCCAGACUGGGUGUUUGCCAUCAUCAUCCUGCUGAGUGUUCUGCCUGUGGUCUCCAUCCCUCUAGUUGCUCUCUACAGACUGAUCUGUAAAGCCAAAACAUCACCGGCUCAAGUGGAACUUAAUCCCUACUGGAACGACGGCUAUGAAGCUGAAGCACAAGGACAGAGUGAUCAAAGAGCCUAAAGUUGAAGUAACAGUCCUCCCGGGCUCCGGACCAGCAGGUCAUUCUGACGCGUCUAAUCAUUUUUCAGCCCAAAUUCAAAUCAGUCUUUCAAUUCUAAUGCAUAAAAAGUUCAGACCUCUCGUAUUAGACCUGAUACAGAGCUUCUCUUUGAUUCUGAUGUUUACAUUAUACAGAUUUAGUAGAAGAUUGAUAGACUUGUGACGACUUAUAUUUAAGAAAUAUUUUUAUUUUACAGUAAAGUUUUUGGUACAUUGUA